UUGGGAAUCAAAGUCCGCGACUUCGCCUACCCGUCUGACCGGGUUGGCCAUGUUGACCCGACGUAUAGUCAUCCUCUGGUUGCCGCAGUAGCAGAAGAAGCCGAAGACCAGGAGCAAGAAAAACCGGGAACGACUGUUCAAGACGAGCAGAUGGCAGCAGAUGAGAAAGAUAAUGACAGUUCUCCUGAACUCCUACAAGACACCUUUAUAAACACGGAAGAUGACUACGCAACACUAUUAGAUGGGGAAGCAGACGAAGAGGGAGAAAGCGGACCGCCUGCACGCGUGGAAGACACUCCAAUGCCUCGCAUUCCUGAAACAUGGGAAAUGCCACAUCCGUUGCUUCGUCCAGUCACCUACCAACCUCCCCAUUAUCCUCCCCACCAUGUUCCCAGUCCACAAGACCCGAUAUACUACGACACCCAUCGCUUACCCGGCCACUUCAGUCCCAUCCUUGGUGUCGUUGAAGUCGAAUAUCGACUGUCUCAGCAACCACGCACUGUCCCUAUUCUCGGCUUAACUACCCGCCGUCUGCUGACGAUUUCGCCCGACCUCGUCGAUCUUUCGCGAUACCAAGAGAUGGAUUUGGAGGAGCUCAGGCGCUACGACCGACGUCUUCUUUUCCAGCUUAUGAACGGAAUCAAACCUCCGCGUUGGAGAUGCUAUCCGCUCGGCUGGGCGCCGACCCCCGAGAAUCGCGCGGUCAUGGUUAAGGUGGCCAAUAUAUGGAAGAGUUUCACUGUCUAUGACGACACAGUGCAGAAGGCCAUCCUCCAACACGCCUGGCAGCAAGCGCAGGAGGAUACGGAAUGGAUGAAUCAGGAGAUGGAGCGACGGGGUCAAGAGAACAUCGACGCUGGCUUGCUUGACCCGGCAAACCCUGCGCUUGCAGAACUGCAUGACUACGAUAUUCCUUCUGAGCGGAGGUGCAACCUCAGCAUCCGACAGUGGCUCGAGUUGUGGGAACGCCGCCUGGACACGGGAGCCAGCUAUCCGACUUACCCUGCUCUAGUCGAGCAACUCAAACUCCUGUGGAAAUUCGACGGCAGGACGCCGCAUAACGAUGACAUUGUCGCGCGCCAAUACAUGCGAGAACUGCUCUACGCCGACGUCAAAGCCCCAUUCGUUCCCGGCCAGCUUAAAGUCGAGCUUCCUCCUUGCCAAUACUGGGGACCUGAUGCCGUUUGGGACGACUAUCGCCUGGAAGGGGCCCAGCGGAUCUCAAAGCUGACGCUGAUGGAGCAUAUUGAGCAACUUACGGGCCAGACAGUCGAGGAGGCGGUUGCUGCAGACCCGCAUGCGAUUCCGUGGCCGGUACCCACCACAAUGACCGAUCCGCGGUACCAUCAGGGGCACAUGAGUGCGGAGAAAAGCUUGUGGGACUACGAUCUCGUCAAUGCGGAGAAUUUAGUGCAAUUCUUGGAGGAAAUGGGCGAUGGUGAUGAUGUGGAUUGGGCGAAGAUGGAGCGGGAGAGGGGGAUGUCUGAGCCAGCGCCUGAGCCGAGCAAGCGGAAAGUGGAACCUGAGUUACCUGUGAUGCGCGGCUUACCACCGCCGGACCGGAAACGUGCGUUAGACGACGGUGAAGAGGAGGAGAAUACCCCGAGCAAGAAACGCGUCAAGCAGAUGUAG